GGGCCCCACCCACCACUGACCCUUUCCCCUGAUCUCCCCUGCAGCCCCCGCCCCAUGGGGCUGCCCCCAGCUCUCCUCCUCCUGCUCUGCCUCUGCCCUGCCCCCCCGGGCUUGGCCCCAGACCCGGGGCUGCUGGCCCAGGGCCGUGCCCGGCUGCGGGAGGCCCAGACGCUGGCCCAGCACCCGCAGCUGGGGGCCUGCUGGGCGGGGGCCCUGGGCAGGCUGGACGCGGGCUGCCAGCAGCUGGGCGAGGAGCAGCAGAGCCGCAUCGCCCUGGCCUUCGCCCACUGCCACCUGCAGAGGUCGGGCCGGCCCUUCCCUCGCUGCGAGGCCGGCAGCUCCGUCCGGGCCUGCACCCAGCACAUGGACCCUGUGGCCUUCGGUGUCUACACGGAGUUCUUCACCCACGCCCACAGCAUCUGCUACCUCCUGCGCAGCGAGGCCUGGCAGCAGCGAGCCGAGAGCACCGUGCACAGGCUGGUAGCCAGUUCAGAGGGCGUCGCCGAGCGGCUGGAAGAGACCAACCAGCUGGCGGAGCAGGCAGCACAGGCACAAGAGGCCACCCUGCGAUCCCAGGAGGAGAUUCUCCGCCAUGGGGAGCUGCUGAGACAGACACUGCAGGACUCCUCCAGGGGCGUCCGAGAGGCUUUUCAGGACAUGCAGGAGGCGGCCGGCCGGCAGCGCCUGGCCUUUGCCGAGAUCGUGAACCGCCUCAGCUUCCUGCACCGCUUCCUGGUGGGGGAGUCCCAAGCCCUGGGCUCCUUCCUCUACCACCUGCUGACCGGCAGCACCGCCCUCCUGCUCACCUCCAGCCAGCGCACGGCCGGGGCCAGGUUGAUCCUGCUGGGCCUGGUUGGGGGCAACGUCUACCUGGAGCGUGUGGUCAGUGGACUCGUCUUGGAGAACACUGAGGCCGGCUCUGACCCCACGGAGGCCCUUGCCAGCUGGGUGGGGCUAUGCCGCAGGCUGUGUGCCGGCACCGGGCUGGCCGUCCUGGCCUACUGCGUCCUCACCUACCGCGACGUGGCCCAGCAGAGCCGGGAGGUGCUGCGGGGGCUGCAGGAGACCCGGGCCCAGAUGCAGCACAUCCUGCAAGAGACAGAGCGCCUGCUGGCCCAGCGGGGCCCAGAACCCAGCCAGGGCAGUGCCAAGUUUGCUGACUCAGGCUUCCCGGAGCCCCUCUCCCAGCUGGAACAAGGAGCCCCCUGGGCGGACGAACUCAGCACCAGCAGCCCCAGGAGCCGGAGCCGCUCCCCAGCCCGCCAGUGCGCCCGGCCGCAGAGACGCCCCGGCCGACGGGACUCGGAGACACACACCGUUCCUGUGCCGCUGGACGGGCUGUGCUGCUAUGAUCUCCGGCGCCGGCCGUCCCUGCGAGACCCCCCCAGAACGCCAGCCGCGGUGAAGGGCCCCCGGAGCCGUGCCCGAAGGGGAAGAGCUCAGUCGCCGGCGGCAGGUGCCAUCCUGCCGAGCCCAACCUGGGAUCGGAUUCCUACUGCGUGAAUGUCACCCUGAGCCAGGACGCCUGGGUUCUCUCCUGGCUCUGGGAGGGGAGUGGGGGCUAGUGGUUAGAACAGGGGGGCUGGGAGCCAGGAC